AUGCUGCGUGGCUUCUACAGAGCGACCUACAAGGAUGUUGAUGGUAACAUCAGAAAUGCGGCUGCGACCCAGUUCCAGCCCACCGACGCCCGCAAAGCCUUCCCUUGCUUCGACGAGCCCGCACUGAAGGCAACCUUUGAAAUUCACCUCGCAAGGGAAUCUUGGAUGACGACCCUCUCCAACAUGCCCAUUGCCGAAACGGUGCCUGUUGAAGGACAGGAGGGAUGGAUGUGGGAUCGUUACGAGAAGAGUGUCCCUAUGUCCACUUACCUGGUUGCCUUCGUCGUGUCCGACUACGUUCAUAUCAACUCGACCGAGAAUGACCGUGUAGAUUUUCGAGUGUGGGCACGACAAGAGACCAUAGAUCAAGCAGAAUAUGCAAAUGAGAUAGGUCCCAAGAUCUUGUGUUUCUUUGAAGAUUAUUUCAACCUAUCUUAUCCCCUCCCGAAGAUGGACAUGAUUGCAUUAACCGACCUCUCUUUUGGAGGUAUGGAGAACUGGGGUCUAAUAACUUUCAGAGAAAGCCUCUUGUUGUACGACCCACAAGUUUCAACCCCUGCCGAUAAGGCAGUUAUUGCAAAAAUUGUAUCUCAUGAGUUGGCUCACCAGUGGUUUGGCAAUCUGGUGACGCCUAAGUGGUGGGACGACUUGUGGCUCAACGAGGGAUUCGCUACUUAUAUAAGUUACCUUGGAGUAGAUCAUGUGGAACCAACGUGGAAGGCAAUGGAAGAAAUCGUCGUUGAAAUAGUCCAUCGUGUGUUCAAUCUAGACAGCCUGGAGUCCUCCCACAGGAUCAACAUUCCCGUCUCAAACCCGGACGAAAUAUUCGAAGUCUUUGAUGAGAUAUCAUACAAUAAAGGAGCGUCUAUCAUCCGGAUGAUGACCCACUACCUCACAGAGCCGACCUUUAGGAAGGGAUUGAACAACUAUCUAAAAGCAUUCACAUACAAUAGUUCUGUGCAAGACGACCUGUGGAAGCAUCUGACUCUGGCGGCUCACGAGGAUGGCAUUCUACCCCAGGACGUGACUGUGAAGAUGAUCAUGGACACGUGGACACUGCAGAUGGGAUACCCCGUCGUGAAGGUGACAAGGAGCCCCGACGGAACCUCUGCUACUUUGACACAGGAGCGGUUCCUCUUAGAAGGGAGCGCAAACUCUUCCAGCACCACGGAUUACAAGUGGUGGGUGCCUCUGACCUUCACGACCCAGAGUGAGGCCAACUUCAGCCAGACUCAAGCCAGUUUAUGGAUGAAGGACUCUGAGGAUCACGUCACCGUCUCUUCUCUUCCCCCGAAGGACCAGUGGGUCAUCUUCAACCUGCAGCAGGCGGCCUACUACCGAGUCAACUACGACGACCACAACUGGAAUCUUAUUAUCCAGCAGCUGAAGAAGGACCACCAGGUUAUUUGCCCCAUCAACAGAGGGCAGAUUGUCGAUGAUGCCAUGAACCUUGCUAGGGCUGGUCAUCUCAGCUACAAGCUCGCCCUGGACGUUUUACCGUAUCUGCGAAAUGAAGGAGAAUAUCUGCCUUGGGCUACAGGCGCCAGGAAAUUCGUUUACAUAGAGAGUAUGUUCAGACGCAGAAGUGGAUUCGGCGCUCUCAAGCGUUACCUCCUGGAUUUGGUGUUGCCGCUCUACGAGUCCGUUGGGUUCGACAACAACAUCGAGGACUCUUUCUUGGAGCAAAAAAAGAGGAAAAUAGCCGUGACAUGGGCUUGCAGACUGGGCCACAAGGACUGCCUCAACAAAGCGCUCACUCUCUACAGGCACUGGAUGUCACAGCCGGACAAUUCGAGCAUCAUUUCGCCAAGCCUUAAACCUGUGGUGUUCUGUCGCGCCAUCGCCGAGGGCGGGGAGGCCGAGUGGGACUUCGCGUGGGACCAGUACGUUACUUCCAGCGUCGCUACCGAGAAAAAGGCUUCUUCUCAGAUCUAUGUCCUGCUCGAAGCAGACUUGGAUCCUAUCUAGGUACGUCGUCUUGCCUGUGUGUGAGAGAGGGUGGCGGGUGGGAGAGGCAGGGCGAGUGUCGGGGGAAGACAAGGGUAUGGUGCUGCACUUGUGGAUUGCACAAUGGCCAAGGGGCGCCAAGACCACGGCUAAAUCCAGAACUGCUGAACUGAAACCGAUA